GGUAGCCCUGGGCUGUGGGGGGGCCUGCCCGUGCGGGUGCCAUGCUGGGGGGCACAAGGUCAGUGCAUUCGUGUGGGGAAAGGGUUUGGAAACAACGUGCUGGGGCGGGGAGCAGGUCUGACCUUCUCCUCCCAAAUAUUUCUUGUCCCCCUUGAGGUUCCCCCGUCCCCUGCGGCUGCUGCUCAUGGCUGAUCCUUUCACUUCACAGCUGGAGCGUCUUCUGGCGGCUGACGAGCUCCGCUCCCCGUCACGUCACGUUCCUCACGUCAUCGAAGACACAAACCGUGACGGGGGCCCUGCGACGCAACCUCCGCUCAGCACUUUUGUGUCCGCUGCUGUCACCCGUGGAAAAUCUUGGGGAAAAGGGAGGAAAGAUGAACGCAGUGAAGCGAUUCAAAAAAAAGCAUCUCACGGCCGAUGACUGCAAAGCUCUCGCACAGAGCGCAGAAGGCUCAUCCUCCCUGACGCAGCCAUUGAGACAAAGACAAAGUAGAGAAGCUGUAAACAGGGGCCUCCAUCCCACCCACCGGACACGGAGACAUCAAGGAGGCCAAGGUCAGCAGAAGAUCAUCACUGAUUACUUCAGGAUCUCUCAGACACAAGUAGGUGCUGGUGGGAUGAAGAACUGUAGAAUCAAAGAAAAGCUACUGGAUCCUAUCUUCACUGAACCUGAUAAUUCCUUCAGCAGUGUCUCCACUGUGAUGGAGAUCAGCAGCGAUUCCUGCUCCCUUCUGGAGGAUGAGGACUUUGUACCAGCUCCCAGGGAAAGAUCCAGAAAAUGGCCUCUGUCCACUGCAGCUGCAGGCGUUCACAAGCCAGAGCACAAUUUGUGGGGUGAGCCUGAGAAGAAGCCAAUGGUGGUUCAUCUAGAACACAGCCAGAUCAAGCAGGAACGCAGCCAAAUCAAGCAGGAACUUGAUGAUAUGGAAAUCGAACCAGUCCCUGAUGCACACUAUGGACUCCUGGGGACUCGGAACUGGGAAGUGCCUCAGGGAAGUAUUGACGAGCUGCCUGUUGAAGUCCUCAGGAACAUCUUUGCUUUCCUACCAGUGACUGAUCUGUAUCAGAACCUGACCCUGGUGUGUCACUGCUGGAGGGACAUAGUCAAUGAUCCACUGUUCAUUCCUUGGAAAAAGCUUUACCAUCGGUACCUAAUGAAGGAGGACACGGCCCUGCACAGAGUUAAACAGCUCUUGCAAGAUUUCACCAUAACAAAGGAGCAGGAAGGAUGUGUGUUGGGGCUGAUCAGGUGCGUGUCUGCCAUACCCACUGGACGGAAGGUAGAUCCCAGCGUGGUUCUCCAGUGUUUGAAGAGUCAUCACCUCUUCUCAAAGGCUGAAGUCUGCGUUGUCAACAAACUGCCGCAUUUACAGAGCAGGGCAGGGCCUGAGCACAUGUGGGCCAUAAUUGCAGUCAUGGUGCUUUUCUCUGAUGGCAUCAGCGACAUCCAAAAGCUGAUGGCGUGUCUGCAGAGACCCUGCUCUACCCUCUCUGUAGUGGACGUGACCGAGACGCUUUACUGCAUGGCAACGCUGCUGUAUGCGAUGAGAGAUGGAAACAUUGCGAUCACUAACAGGAUCCAUUACAAUAUUUUCUACUGCUUGUAUUUGAUGGAAAAUGCUUCUGUAACUAUGCAGACAGUAGAAGAGGAAGCACGGGCUUCACACUGCAAUCAAGACUUAUGGUUCGGCUGUCCUGAAGUAAAUCUGACCCAUGAACAGCAAAAGAUUUUGAAUCACAAAAUUGAGCGUGGUCAAAUAGUGAAAAUUAUGGCAUUUGCAGGUACAGGAAAGACCUCAACCUUGGUCAAGUACGCUGAGAAGUUUGCUGAUAUGAAUUUCCUUUACGUGACGUUUAACAAAGCUGUUGCAGAGAGGGGAAAAAGUGUCUUCCCCAGAAACGUUACGUGCAAGACUUUCCAUUCGUUAGCUUUUGGAAGUGUCGGCAAACUCUAUAAAGAAAAAGGCAAGCUGAAUUUCUCCAAGAUGUCGGUUUACUCCAUCAGUUCCCUUAUCCGGAACCACAAGGGACAGUCUCUGUUCAUAAGAGGGAAAACAGUCUCACAGACCCUUGAAAAAUUUUUUGCCUCUUCAGAUGCAGAGAUCUGUGAAGAGCACACUCCUAUUUGGUUCAAAAAUACUCAUGGCGAGAGAAAACUUGUCAGUCGAAUAGAAAAAGAAAUCAACGUGGAAGAGGCAAAAGAGAUAUGGCGCAACAUGAAGAAGCUGGAUGAAGACGUAGAGAAGAAAUACAAGAUAACUUGUGAUGGGUAUUUGAAGCUUUGGCAGCUCAGCAAGCCUCAGCUCUCAGGAUAUGAUGCCAUUUUUGUUGAUGAAGCACAGGACUGCACUCCAGCCAUCGUGGAUAUUGUGCUGUCACAGACAUGCGGCAUAAUCCUCGUAGGAGACCCUCACCAGCAGAUCUAUACCUUCCGAGGUGCUGUCAAUACCCUCUACUCAAUGCCUCACACCCAUGUCUACUACCUCACCCAGAGUUUCAGAUUUGGUCCUGAAAUAGCUUACGUUGGAGCAACCAUUCUGGAUGUCUGCAAGAGGAUCAGGAAUAAGACAUUAGUGGGUGGAAACCAAAAGGGCGAUGUGAGAGGCAGCAUGGAAGGGAAGAUAACAAUCUUAUCACGAAGCAAUUUUAACGUGUUUGAGGAUGCUGUGAAACUUACUGGAAGAGAGAGACCGAUUAAAAUACACGUGAUUGGGGGGCUUGCCCGUUUUGGCCUGAGCAGAAUUUAUGAUAUUUGGAAGCUCAGUCAACCCGCAGAUGAACGGAAAAAAUCAAACCUUGUUAUAAAUGACUCCUUUAUCAGAAAAUGGGAAGAAACUCAGGGCUUCCUCGGUUUAAGGGAGUACGCAGAGCACAUUGAUGACAAAGACCUGGAAGUGAAGAUUGCAAUAGUGGAGAAGUACAAAGAGCGGAUCCCUGAGCUGGUGCAGAGGAUUGAGAGCAGCCACGUGUCACAAGAAGCCAUGGCAGAUUACCUAAUAGGUACUGUCCAUCAAGCCAAAGGCCUGGAGUUUGAUACGGUGCUGAUUGCAGAUGACUUUGUGCAAGUACCGCAUCUCAAUGGCAAUCACCAGAGAAGUAACUUCAAUAUCGGCAUGUAUCCCGAGGAUGAAUGGAACCUGCUUUAUGUAGCAGUGACACGCGCAAAGAAGUAUUUGCUAAUGUCAAAGUCCCUGGAAAACCUUUUAGCAUUGGCUGGGGAGCGUUUCCUUCGGGUGGAGCUGAUGAGUGAGGCUGCAAAGGACGGGGCCCCCAUCGCUUGUUCUAUGCCACUGUGUACAGAAACACUGCAGUCCAGCUCCAGGAUGGUUGUGAAGAAGCUCCCUUUGACUCACAGCAAUGGCAGCAGGGAUGCAGGUGGCUACCUUUGCCACGCUUGCACGCGGCAGCACUUUGGCUCUCUGACACCACUCACCUUUUUCCCAGCGCUUCAGGAACAGCCCGUGCAGCUCUAAUGAAGCCCUCCAGCUCCCCAGAGCCCUAAUUGUGGCCCGGAGCCAUUCUGGGUGCAGGACAAGACCUGUUGUCACAUCCCAGCUCCAAAAUCGGGUGGAUGUUGGAGCAGGAUUUCAGACCAACUCGAAGAGGAACCCUCCAGGCUCUCUGCAAGGAGGUGCGAGACCUUUUCUCCAGCCCUGCCUUGCCCUCCAAGAGCUGGUCAGCAUGGCCUGCACUGCAUCACUGCAGAGAAGAAUAUGCACUAUAUAAGCUGUAUCGGACAGGAUGGCUUUUUUUUUUUUUUUGAGCAUUACCCCUCUGUUACCUCUGUCACCAGGAAAACACCUCCAGUGACCAAACUGCCAGGAUAUCCUUGCCUAUUCCAUUAUGUCAUGCCUUGGUGAAAUCCCUCUAAGCCACCAGAAGAAGAGGAAGUGCGAUGCUGAAAAGUACCCAAAGGAACACUUUAUUCCUAGAAAAUGGACUUUUUACUAUCAGCUCUGAAGGAAGUCAUUAAUCUCUCCCAGCUGAAUUAAUUUUCCUUACUUGCAGCCAAGGGGUUUCCCCGGACUCUGUUUCCCUUCUCCCUACAGCAAACCAUAAGGGAAGAAGAGAGGCAGCAUCUGAAGAACUGCUUUGGUUUGGUUUCAGUCUUAACUCAGAGACAAACUGGAGAGUGCUUUUAAUCCUGGAAUUAAAUUUGUAACCAAAAAAAAAAAAAGAAGAAAGCCUUAACGCUUUCUUUUUUCUCUUCCCUUCUGUUAAGAAGUCAUCUUGAGUUGCAUUUAUUUACCAGCCAUCACAGUAGCAGUGGUGCAAGCAGCAUGGUGCUCUUGUAAAUCAGGUGGUGGUUUACGCUCUCCACUUGAAGACACCAUUGCUCAUUGUACCAGAGCCUGUGUCAUGUGGAGAUCAAAACCAAAACCAAUUUCAGAAGAGAUCUGCUCUUGGACAUGGGCCCAGAGCCGUGAGCCAUGCCUGCUGGAGGAAGCUCGUGCAUCCUGUUGAUUUCCAUGGUUAUUCAUUGCAUGGUAACUGCUUUGCUGGCUCUCCUUUCACUUUCGAAGCACUGACUUCAAAAGGCUUUACCUCUUCUGCCCACCUAAGUGCAGGCAGUUCACCCAGGACUUGGAUGUUGGAGGUGA